GCCGCGGCCGUUCCGGGGCGGUGCGGGGAUGGCGGCGGUGCGACGCGGGGCGGCCGCUCUCGUUGCUCGGCUGAGAGCUGCGCUUUCACCCCGCAUCUCUUUCCCGUAUCGCGUGGAGCUGAAGGAGGGGAAGAAAUACGCGUGGUGCUCGUGCGGGCACAGCAGGGCGCAGCCGUUCUGCGACGGCUCUCACCGCACUUUGGCUCCGGAUAAAGCUCCGGUGCGUUUCACGGCGGAGGCGGAUGGCAAAGUGUGGCUGUGUGCAUGCAAAAGGACCCGAGGUCCCCCCCGGUGCGACGGCAGCCACCUACGGCUGUGGGAAGCGGGGAGCGGAGCCCGACGUUGAGCCCCCUCCCCCCUGUGACCUCACCCCAUAAGGAUGCAGCCCCUGCGGUGUGUGGGUCCCGGGGGGUGUGAGAUGGAGGGGGUGCGUGACACUGAGCAGCAUUCAUUGCACCUAUGACCCAGUGCAAAUGUUUGCUCGAUUACUGUACAGGAUGAUGCAAAUAUACGAUGGGAUGUGACCGCA